AACAAAGAGUACUAACACUCACUCAACCAAAGUGCCAUUAAAACAACUUUUGGAUUUUAUCCAAACAAUUAUUAUGGAAUUUCUUCUUUCUUUACUUCUAUUUUUCUUAUUCAAUUCAAGAUUAAUCAAUGCUCAAGGCCCCCCUUCACCUGGCUACUAUCCUAGUUCUAGGGUACAAUCUUUAGGAUUUAACCAAGGUUUUAGGAACCUUUGGGGUCCUCAACAUCAAUCAUUGGACCAAAGUACCUUAACUAUAUGGCUUGAUAAAAAUUCAGGAGGAAGUGGUUUUAAAUCUCUAAAAAAUUAUCGUUCUGGUUAUUUUGGGACUAAUAUUAAGCUACAGCCUGGUUUUACUGCUGGAAUUAUUACUUCUUUUUAUCUUUCAAAUAAUCAAGAUUAUCCAGGGAACCAUGAUGAAAUUGAUAUUGAAUUUCUUGGAACAACACCAAACAAGCCAUAUACUUUACAAACAAAUGUGUAUAUAAGAGGAAGUGGAGAUGGAAAUAUUAUUGGAAGAGAAAUGAAAUUUCAUCUUUGGUUUGAUCCAACAAAAGAUUAUCACAAUUAUGCAAUCCUUUGGGACCCCAAUGAGAUCAUAUUUUUUGUCGAUGAUGUCCCAAUUAGAAGAUACCCUAAGAAAAAUGAUGCAACAUUUCCACAAAGACCUAUGUAUGUAUAUGGUUCAAUUUGGGAUGCAUCAUCAUGGGCAACGGAGGAAGGACGAAUUAAAGCCGAUUAUCAAUAUCAACCGUUCGUUGGAAAAUACAGUAAUAAUUUCAAGCUAGUGGGUUGUGCGGCCUACGAGAGCCCCUCUUGUCGUCGAGCGCCUUCUAGUUCUCCUUCAGGGGGUGGAGGGCUCAGUCGACAACAAAUAGAGGCUAUGUUGUGGGUGCAUAGGAACUAUAAGGUGUACGAUUAUUGUAGGGACCCUAGGAGGGACCAUACUCACACACCUGAGUGUUAGUGAGUGAACGAUCGUAAAAAAAGAAACUAAAUUGCAUCGAAGUGAUUGUGUGAAUAUAAGGAAAAAAAUUAAGAAUAAAAGUAGCCUUGAGAUGAUCCCAUUUGCCAUUAAUAGUUGCAAAAAGUAGUUGAAGCGUCCAAGGUGUGUUUUUUUAUUUUCUUGAAAUUUAUAUAAAUGUAUUAAAACUGUUUGAUUUAAGUUAUGGGAAAAAUAAGGUCAAGAAUAUUGAAGAAUUAUAGAAGUUGAUAUAUCUUGGCCUAUUUUCUCAAGAAUUGCCUUUUAAUUGUAUUUUUUCUUUGAUCAAAGUGUGUAUUUGUUUCUUUAUUUGUGAUUGUUGAAGAAAAAAAAAAAAAUAUAUAUAUAUUAUAUAGCCAAAAUAAAAUCUCUUGAGUGAGUUCAUCUUU